AUGCAACAUCGGCAGGUGUCCCCCCCCCACCAAUUGUCUCCGUGCUUGAAUGCAUUCUUACGAGUUGAUUCGGUACGUAAACCUCUACAACAAUCUUACGAAAGACCAUUUCGUAUCAUUUCACGUUACGAUAAGACCUUUAAGGUUAAUUGGCAUGGCCGCGUCGAUACGAUUAGCACAGAUCGUCUUAAAGUAGCAUACGUUGACGAAAACGUCAUGCACGCUAGCACUAAACUUUCUGCUGAUCCUUCCCAGCCUCUGAUUGAGACACCAGUCUCAUGUUUAGGUUUGCAUUAUUCUCCCGCUGCACCAGUUUUAGACGAAGCAUCUGCUUCACGUCUUUGCUGGCAGCCUCCACAACUUGCCACGACUCCGCAUGAGGUUUCAUCCUCACAUUUGAGUCGGCAACUAUCACUUCCUGCUACGGUUUUGGAUGAGCUCCUCGCUUCACAUUCAGACCGGCAGCCUCGCGCAACAGUUACGAUUUCGGACGUGAGCCCGGUUUCAUGUCCAAGUCAACCAGAUGCAGCUUUAUCUCGACCAUCGAACGAGACUUCUGUCUCACGUUCCGGUCGAAGGAUCGUUUUGCCGGCACGUUUUCGAACGUAG